UACUGAAAGGGUAGUGAAGAAUCCUAUUAUUGGAAUGUGACAUCCCUCUAGGUUGUGAAAUCACUUGUCCACCCUCAAGACUCACAUUAGAAAACAGCAACUCAAAUCCCAGCUGCAGCCAGGCAUCAGAACAGACAGGAAUUGGACUCUGCUGCUAAUCCAGAAAUUCAAAUUUGAUAAAAGUAGACAUGAAUGAAUCUAAACCUCAAAUUUUUAACGAAUGCAUGAAGCACAUCAGUUUUGGCAAUGAAUCGAUAUGGCAUGAAAGUGAACAAUCCAACUUGACUCAUGGAACCCUCCAUCGACUCUUCAUUGGUGCCCAACGCCAGGAACCCAGUCAUGUCGCCAUACCAGCCACCAUCUUUUACAGCCUCCUCUUUAUAUUUGGCAUCCUGGCUAAUGGUCUCAGCAUCCUAACGCUCUUAAAAAAUGGAAAAAUUAAAGUGAGCUCUGUUCGUUUUUACCUCCUCAGUUUGGCUCUGGCAGAUGUUUUGUUGCUUCUAACAAUCCCGGUCACACUUUACCGGUACUUCUGGCAGUAUUACCCUUGGGCUCUUUCUGACGCUGUAUGUAAGCUUUACUUUAUGAUAAGGCAGGUUUACUGUGCUACAACCAGCUGGACCAUUAUUUCAUUUACUUUAGAGAGAUAUAUUGCAAUUUGCCACCCGAUGUGGUCCGUUACUGGCCUUCGUAAAUCUCGCAUGGUCUAUCUGUUGGCUUUCAUCUGGCUUUUGGCUUUACUUACCACCAUCCCAGUAGCUAUAGUGUAUGGUGAAUCAUCAGCCUGUAUCUUAGACUACACAGCCACGUCCCAGGAGGAAGCUGUACUCGAUUCUACUGUAUGUGAAAUGCUGGAACAAAAGCCUUUUAUUGUCUACAAGAGCAUUCUGCAGACACGCAGUAUUUUGUUUUUUGUCAUGCCAUUGUUGGUCAUUAUUAUUUUCCACGUACUGAUUUUCCAUCACUUGAAGCUGAACCAUCGUCAGAGGAAGAAUAUCAGCCUUACCGGGACACAUUUGCAUUUUGCAUCCACUCAUGUGAAACAUCCUCGAAGUCAACCGUUUUCUGAAAAAAAGGCACGACAACUUAUGGGGGCUGUGGUGGCUGCUUUCUUUCUCUGCAACUUCCCUGAUACAGCGUCAUCCCUCAUGCAAAUUUAUAUCGAAAAUUGGAAUGCGCAUGUCUACACUGUAUACACCUGGUUGAAGACCUACCUGUCUCUCCCACUUUGGUAUCUCAACAGUGCACUCGACCCAAUACUCUUCUGCAUCUCCUCUACAUCCUUUCGUAGAGCUUGUUGGAAGAGCCUCACUACAUUGCUUCCGUGGCAAGGAAAAGCCACAGAUCAUGGACCGAGCCACAAAUACCAAGCGUCCUGCAUAAGAUCUGGUGGAGGUUCAUCUCUUGUGUCAGCACCAAGUACGCAUUCAACAUGCACCCUGAAUUCAAAUGAAGGGGAACAAAGGGAAAAUUUGGCUAUGUACCGAACCACCAAACCAAAACUUGUGUAUUUCCGGCACAUUGCAGUGACGGAGAGAGGAGACUACUCAAUUCCUUAG